CUCUCUUCUCUUUCUCUCUCCGUUAGUGCUUUGCUUGAAAUGAACCAACCAGCAGCCUUCCUAUCAAAUGGGGUUCUUGUGCGUAUAUUAAGUUCGAGUUGCUGCCGCUGCCGCUGCUGCUGCUGCUGAUCCUUCUUCUUCUUUUUGCUGCUUCUGAAUUUGAAUUGGGGCGUUGGAAAAUGGCACCACAAACUGGGUAUUUGAAAGAACAUGAAGGAGUUGUUCCCAACUCGCUUGGACAGUUAUCAUCUUCUCCUGCUCGGCUGUGGAGUGGCUAUGGGCAAGGUUGUCAAUCGUUCUUUGGGGAUUUUGGUCAGGUGAAGGCUUCUUCCACCAUCCAACAACUUGGAAGUAAUGGGAAAGAGUUCACUGGCACUGAACAAGCUCUCCAGGUUGCUGCUCAUGGCUUUGAGAAACUGAACACAGCUCCAUUUUCCAUCUAUCCUGGUGACUGUAAGAUUUCUGUGGAUCCACAAAAACCUUCACCAAUUUUUUCCCUGCAAUCCCCCCUGUCAGAAUAUCACAAUCGUUUUGAGCUUGGAUUUGGCCAGCCCAUGGUAUGUGCAAAUUAUCCUUACAUGGAACAGCAUUAUGGCAUCCUCUCAGCAUAUGCUCCUCAAAUACCAGGUCGGAUUAUGCUGCCAAUGAGCUUAACAACAGAUGAUGGACCUAUUUAUGUGAAUGCAAAGCAGUAUCAUGGAAUCAUUAGGCGCAGGAAGAUCCGUGCUAAGGCAAUGAUGGAGAACAGACUUGCAAAAACUCGUAAGCCAUAUAUGCACGAAUCGCGUCAUCUUCACGCAAUGCGUCGUCCACGGGGAUCUGGUGGCCGUUUCUUGAACACAAAGGCUCUGAAAAAUGGGAAAGCCUCAAUGGAACCAAAGAAAUUUGAAGACAUCAACCUUUCUGAUUCAACUGGUUCUUCCCAAUGUUCUGUGGUUCUUCAAUCAGAAAGUGGAGCUUUGAACUCCCCAAAUGAAGGCAAGGGGAGGGGCUUUAGUCUCUCGAGUUCUGAGGUAUCUAGCAUGUUGUCAAGGGGACUGCAACAAUUUCAAAUCAACCAACUUGGUCCAUCAAUGCAGUCACUGGCAGAGAUCAUUGAUGGUGGAGGGCAUGGCAUGGUUCUGCCCAAAUGGGUUGCAGCAGUUGACAACUGCUGUGACCUUUGUGUUUGACAGGGAAGACGAUGGGUUCUUGGUGCGAGGCAUCGCACCAAAACCCCAGCUUUCUGCGACCAAAUCCAGCUUGGUGCAAUGUUGUUAACGACAAUUGUCUCAAGCUUCGCGAUAAGGAUAACCCCUGCGUUUGGUUGCAUGGCAAGUCAUUUUUGGCUCUUAUUAAUGUAGGCGUAGGAUGUCUCUUAUCUCAGUUUUGCUUCUCAGCAUGAGGAGGUGACUGAGAGAAACCAAAGAAUCAUCCAAUCAGAAAACCAGAACGAAGUAACUGCAGUAGACAAAAGGGUUUGUUUCAAGAAUAAGAGCAUAAAGAGUAUGAAUUCUGCACUUCGUUUAUGACCCUGAAAGUAGAACAAGAAGAAUGUUCACUAAGUCUAGAGUUUGGCUUUUCAAAUUCAGACAUUCUGAAGCACUUUGUACCGAACAAAGAUGCUUGGCUUGUGGGUUUGUUUGUUUAAGGACAACUUUCAUGUUUGUCUUUUCAGUUUGUGUGUAAUGAAGAAUAUUGUCUUUGUGUGUAUUUCAAGAAUAUUGUCUUUGUAAUAUCA